UUUCAAAUUUGGAAAGCUGUAAUGUACAUAAACUCUUCCACGAAGAUGUUUUCAUAUUGUUAAAUGCUACUUGUAGAGUUUUGAGGGAGAGAAAAAGAAGAUGAAGGCUCUAACUGAAGCAAACAUAUACGAUGCAUCUCCUGAGUUUCGCAUAAUCUUUUUCCCUGCACAGUCAUCUGACCAUCUGAAAAUACCACCAACAUUUAAUAAGAAAUUAGAAGGUGUCUUCCCUUCCGACUACCUACUUGAGAGCAGUGGUAAAACAUGGCAUGUUACAGUGAAAGAGGUUCAUGAUAACCUCUUGCAGCUCGAGAAUGGCUGGCCAGAAUUUGUGAAAGAUAGUGCUUUGGCUGAAGGUGACUUUCUGGUAUUCUCUUACAUUGGAAACUUGAAGUUCCACGUAGGUAUAUGGGACAAAAAUGGUUGUCGCAGAAAAAUUCAAGAUUCUAAUGCUGGCGAAAUACAAAAUAUCUGCAACACGUUUCAGGUGAAUAUCCGGCCAGCUUACCUCACAUAUGUGAACAUACCAAGAGACCUCGCAAAGCUCUUGAACAAGAAGACAAAGUGCACGUUAAAGAUUGCAGAAGAUUCGUGGGUAGUAAACUUCACAGGAGAUGUAAAUGACAAGCCAAGAUUUGGGGGAGGUCUGAGGCAAUUUUGUAUGGACAACGAGGUGAAAGCAGACGAUAUCCUUACUUUCCAGUUGAUCUCUGAACAUGAUAAUUCUUUUACAGUUGAUAUCUCUAGAAAAUAAAUCACUUCUUUUAUAAAUAGCAUGUUCAAUUAGGGAAAUUCAUCUUAGUUAAAUUAGUUUGAUAUCAUAAUGAACAUAUAACGCUUCUUAAUUGUAUCACAAAGACUCAAGAUUGUUAGAAUUCAAAUUAACUCCAUUUUUUAACAAACACCCUAUAUAGGCAACCGGUCUCGAACCACAUACUA